CAGAUUAUUCUUGGAUUCCUUUCCCUCUGAAGGUUCACUGUUGCUGCUCCUACAAAAAUUUGGGAAGGCAUACCACUUUGGAAAAAACUCUGGCAGUUUCAUAUAAAAGUAAAUGUGUACCUGUUCGAUGACCCAGCAGUUUCUCGCCGAGACCUGCGGAGGCGGUGGCGAUGCUGUCCGGCACCCCGGCAGCGCCAGCCGAAUUCGAGGAUGCAGAACUGCAGUGUCGCGUGGCUGUAGAGGAGCUGAGCCCCGGCGGGCAGCCGAGAAAGCGCCAGUCCUUACGCACCGCGGAACUAAGCCUGGGACGAAAUGAGCGCCGCGAGUUGCUGCUGCGGCUGCAGGCGCCUGGACCCGCAGGGCGCGUGCGCUGCUUCCCUCUGCGGGCUGCGCGACUCUUCACGCGCUUCGCAGCGGCCGGGCGCAGCACUCUGCGGCUUCCGGUCGACGGCGUUCCUGGCGCUGGCGCCGUGCAGUUGCUGCUCUCCGACUGCCCUCCAGACCGCCUGCGACGCUUCCUGCGCACGCUGCGUCUCAAGCUGGCUGCAGCCCCGGGUCCCGGGCCGGCCUCCGCCCGCGCACAGCUGCUUGGCCCACGGCCCCGAGACUUCAUCACCAUCAGCCCCGUGCAGCCCGAGGAGUUGCGGCGCGCGGCGCCCACCCGGGUCCCACACACUACGCCCUUGAAGCGGCCCACGGAACUCCGGGGGGGAUCAGAGACCAGCACCGAAGCCCCACGGUGGCCCUUGCCUGUGAAGAGGCUGAGCUUGCCCUCCAGUAAACCACAGCUUUCCGAAGAACAGGCUGCUGUGCUGAGGGUUGUCCUGAAAGGCCAGAGCAUCUUCUUCACUGGAAGUGCAGGGACAGGGAAGUCUUAUCUGCUGAAGCGUAUCCUGGGCUCGCUGCCUCCCACGGGUACUGUGGCUACUGCCAGCACUGGGGUGGCAGCUUGCCACAUCGGCGGUACCACUCUCCAUGCCUUUGCAGGCAUUGGCUCAGGCCAGGCUCCUCUGGCCCAGUGUGUGGCCCUGGCUCAGCGGCCAGCUGUGCGGCAGGGCUGGCUGAACUGCCAGCGGCUAGUCAUUGAUGAGAUCUCCAUGGUGGAGGCCGAUCUGUUUGAUAAGCUGGAAGCCGUGGCCAGAGCUGUCCGGCAGCAGAACAAGCCGUUUGGCGGGAUCCAGCUCAUCAUCUGUGGAGACUUCCUGCAGCUGCCACCUGUAACCAAGGGCUCCCAGCCCCCAAAGUUCUGCUUUCAGGCCAAGAGCUGGAGAAGAUGUGUCCCAGUGACCCUGGAACUGACCGAGGUGUGGAGGCAGGCAGACCAGACCUUCAUCUCUCUGCUGCAGGCUGUCAGGCUGGGAAGGUGCUCAGAUGAAGUGACCCGCCAGCUCCAGGCCACAGCCUCCCACAAGGUGGGGCGAGAUGGGAUUGUGGCCACGAGGCUCUGCACUCACCAGGAUGACGUGGCCCUCACCAAUGAGAGACGACUACAGGAACUGCCAGGUGAGGUACACAGCUUUAAGGCCAUGGACAGUGACCCUGAGCAAGCCCGAACCCUGGAUGCCCAGUGUCCGGUUAGCCAGAUCCUUCAACUAAAGCUGGGGGCCCAGGUGAUGCUGGUGAAGAACUUAGCAGUGUCCCGGGGCCUGGUGAAUGGUGCCCGCGGGGUGGUCGUCGGGUUCGAGACAGAGGGGAGAGGGCUGCCCCAGGUACGGUUCCUGUGUGGAGUCACCGAGGUCAUACGUGCUGACCGCUGGACAGUGCAGGCCACUGGCGGCCAGCUCCUCAGCCGCCAGCAGCUGCCCCUCCAGCUGGCCUGGGCAAUAUCUAUCCACAAGAGCCAGCCUUCCUCAUUCCCCCAGGGCAUGACCCUGGAUUGCGUGGAGAUCUCUCUGGGCCGUGUGUUUGCCAGUGGCCAGGCCUAUGUGGCCCUUUCCCGGGCCCGAAGCCUGCAGGGCCUGCGUGUGCUGGACUUUGAUCCCAUGGUGGUUCGCUGUGACCCUCGUGUGCUGAGCUUUUAUGCCACCUUGCGGAGGGGCAGGGGCCUUGACCUGGUAAGAGGGGAUCACCUGAUGGUGGGCCAUAUGGCGUGGGAAGCCUGGAAGCUAGGACAGAGAGGAGGCCAAGGGACCCUGGGAUAGGGAUGGCAGAGCCUUCUCUGGCUCUGUUCAGAGCAGGAGCAAGAAGAAGAUGCUGGCCCCUGGGCUGUGGCCUUAGGGGAUAGCACGAACCAAUGACUGGCUUUCUCUGUCUCUCAUCCAGAAGUCUCCAAAUGAUGAUGAGGCAGCCUCAGACCAAGAGAAUGAGGACCCAAACCUUUGAGCCUCAAAGAGAAGACAAAUGAUGGUCUCCCCUUCUUCUUCUUCCCUAGUGGGCCAGGACCUUUGGAGAUAACUGGGGGGAAGAUAGUCAGUGUCUCUUGCUCCCUUCAUUAGGGCUCUCAGCCUCCUGGUCUGUUCUGGUCCAGGUUUAAAGGAGAGCACUUCUUACCCCUUUGCUAACUCUGCCUCAGUUUCUCCCCUUGCCCUGGGUGAGCUGCUUCCAGGGACAAGAGUAACCCUUUCUGUGCCAAUUGGGAAAGGGCUUAUGGUGGCACCUGGUGUUAUAGGGCAAAGCUCUCUGUGAGGGCUGGCCCAGGGCCACACUGUUGUGAAUGCUGCUCUCUUUGGGCUGCAGAGACGAGAGGCAGUGAAGACAGGUGCUUCAGGAUCAGGGACAGGCUAUAGGAGUCCUGAACUGGAGACUCAGGUCAGGUACAGGCCCCAAACAGAAAGGAGAACCUGGGGUUAUCAUCACAGCUAGACACAGGAUAGCACAAGCCAGGACAAACACACUCCUGAGCUUAACCUGACUGAGAACACACAAUGCAAACCGUGUGCCUGUUAUCAUAGCUGCUUUUUUGGAGAAGAAAUCAUAUUUAGGGGUAUUGAGAAUAGGGGUACUGAUAUUCUCAGAUCAUAUUUAUUUAAGACGAAUAAACUUGAAUUGUGUAA